UACAGCAGACCAGAGCCAUUAUAUAACUAGUCUUGAAGGCCGUAUACUGAUCUGUUGUUCACAGCGUCAUCUAGUGUUGGCGUGAGUAAAUCAUAACCGCGGCGUCGUCUGCUGUAGGCUAUAUUUUAGGCUGCUCGCUGUUAACGGUAUUCAAAGUUCGAAUGAAAAUAGAUUUAUCUGAGGAAGAAAUGCUUGAAUUUUUUGAUGAGCUUGAUGACGAGAUAGAAGGAAAAUGGUGCAUAACUGUAGUAGAAAUCGACUUCGGAAGUGUUGAUUGCAAGAAUACACUGCAGACUGCAUUGAAUGAUUUGAACAUCUUAUUAAAUCAGGAAUCAUCACUAUGGGCAGAUGUUAUAGCGUAUAUGAUGGAAAUUUCUAGGGAAGAAUCAGGAAGUAAAAUGACAGCUAAAUACAUUGAAAAAUUGCGAAGGCCAUAUUCGAACAAUUCUGAAAUGUCUCAUUUGGACAUAAAACGCAUAAUCAAAACUGCAGCACCGAAAAUUAUAAAAGAAGCUUUUCAAGUAUCCCAAGUACCUGAGCCAUUCAUGCAAACGUCAAUAUCCAAAGGCGACAAAAAGGUGAUUGAGUACCUAACUGGGGGAUUGCUAAAAUGGGAAAUAAAGCCUCUAGGUGGAGAAGGUGCUUUCUGGUGCCAAAACCAAGCUUCGAGGCGUGAUCCCAAACACGGGGUGAGAUCAACCAAGUUUUUGAGUAGGAUUGAAAUUGCCGAUGAUAUUGUGGAAGAAUAAACUCUAGCGAAAGCGCAAGAAAACAAAGAAGCUUUUUUUCUCUAUCUUGCCAACUUCGCGCAACUUGAAAUGUGAAAACAUGGCCUGAAAACAAUCACACAUUACCUGCAUCAAACUGCCUGAUUCGGCUGUCCAGCAGACGACAGGGGUGUAAAACGCACACCAACACCAGAUGUCGCCGUCAACAACUCGGUGUCAUGCAAAAAAGCGAGAGCUUCCAGACUAGUUAUAUAAUGGCUCUGGUCUCAUCGGCGCCGAUGCCAUUUCGGGUGAUUUUACCACCUCAAUGGAUUUUACGUCAUAGUAUAUAUUUACGAUUUGACAAGCUCUAUGACGUGAUUGUGAUGUCGUAGUGACAUUAUUUUUGGAUGGCGUAGUCCGAUAGGGGUUAGGAUUGGCAUGUCGAAAAAUUGUGACGCUACGCCCACUAGAAGUAUAUGUGGUACUGAACUAUAUCAGACCCCAAAAUUCUAAUAACUAACAAAGAACGAUAAAACAAAGAUGAGCAACACUUGAGCUCUGUACAGGUAUCUGCUACUGGCAAGACGACAUGCAUCAAACGCACAUAACUAGUUCUAACAAUUGAUGAUGUCUGCAGGUACCGUACGGCAGGGAUCCGCAAAUACGGGGUCGCGGCCCAAAUUUGGGUCGCGAAACCCUCCACUCUGGGUCGCACAACAAUUAGAUUUGCCAUAAAUAUAAGCAUCGUAUAUAAGCAGUGUAUCAUAUUUAUGUACUACAACUUUGUAUACUGUACCUCUAAUUAUAUUUAUGAAUGUUUAACAUUCUUAUUUACUGCCGUAUUAUUGGCCAAUCAUUUUAAUGGUUGUGAAUAUUACCUCGUUUU